CGCGGGGAAGCCGGGUCGUGUGGCCCCGGCGAGCGCGUAUAAAAGCCGCCGGGCCGGGCUCUCCGCUUCAUUCUGAGCCGAGCGCGGUGCCGAGCGCGACGACCUUCGCAGGAGGCGGCGGCAGCGGCGGCGGCGGCGGCGGCGGCCUGAGCUUCGGGGCAGCCCGCUUCCCUCCUCCCAAUCGCUUCGCUUCCCUUCCCCGCGAUCAGCAUGAAAGCCUUCAGUCCAGUGAGGUCCGUUAGGAAAAACAGCCUUUCGGACCACGGCCUGGGCAUCUCCCGGAGCAAAACCCCAGUGGACGACCCGAUGAGCCUGCUGUACAACAUGAACGACUGCUACUCCAAGCUCAAGGAGCUGGUGCCCAGCAUCCCGCAAAACAAGAAGGUGAGCAAGAUGGAAAUCCUGCAGCACGUCAUCGACUACAUCUUGGACUUGCAGAUCGCUCUAGACUCGCACCCCACCAUCGUUAGCCUGCACCACCAGCGACCCGGGCAGAGCCAGGCGUCCAGGACGCCGCUCACCACCCUCAACACCGACAUCAGCAUCCUGUCCUUGCAGGCUUCUGAAUUCCCUUCUGAAUUAAUGUCAAAUGACAGCAAAGCGCUCUGUGGCUGAAUAAAUGGUGUUCAUGACUUUCUUUUCCCUUUGCACAACAACAACAACAAAUCCACAGGCUCUUUUAAGGCGCUGAACUUAUUUUUCAACCAUCUCACAAGGAGGACAACAAGUCGAAUGGACCUUUAAAAAAAAAAAUGGAAGGAAAACUUAAGAAUGAUCAACUUCCCCAGGGUGUUUUCUGACCUGGACUGUGAUAUUAGUUAUUUAUGAAAAAGACUUUUAAAUGCCCUUUCUGCAGUUGGAAGGUUUUCUUUAUAUACUAUUCCCACCAUGGGGAGCGAAAACGUUAAAAUCACAAGGAAUUGCCCAAUUUAAGCAGACUUUGCCUUUUUUCAAAGGUGGAGCGUGAAUACCAGAAGGAUCAGUAUUCAGUUACUUAAAUGAAGUCUUUUGGUCAGAAAUUACCUUUUUGACACAAGCCUACUGAAUGCUGUGUAUAUAUUUAUAUAUAAAUAUAUAUAUAUAUUGAGUGAAACCUUGUGAACUCUUUAAUUAGAGUUUUCUUGUAUAGUGGCAGAAAUGUACAUUUCUGCAUACAAAGUGUAAUGAUGUACUUAUUCAUGCUAAACUUUUUAUAAAAGUUUAGUUGUAAACUUAACCCUUUUAUACAAAAUAAAUCAAGUGUGUUUAUUGAAUGGUGAUUGCCUGCUUUAUUUCAGAGGACCAGUGCUUUGAUUUUUAUUAUGCUAUGUUAUAACUGAACCCAAAUAAAUACAAGUUCAAAUUUAUGUAGACUGUAUAAGAUUAUAAUAAAACAUGUCUGAAGUCAA